AUGGAAGGCACAGAUUGGAGAAACCAAACGACCAUCACAGAAUUAGUCCUCCUGGGAUUCAGGGAGCUCCCUGACCUGAGAAUUCUUCUCUUUCUAAUGUUCCUAGUGAUCUACAUGGCAACCAUGGCUGGAAACACUCUCAUUGUGAUGCUUGUUGUGACUGACCAGCACCUUCACACCCCCAUGUACCUGUUUCUGGGUAACUUGUCCUACUUGGAAAUCUGCUAUACCUCUACCUUCCUCUCCAGGUUACUGGCCUGUCUCCUGACUGGGGACAGAACCAUCUCAGUCAGUGGCUGCAUCACACAACUGUAUUUCUCUGGCUCACUGGCAGCUACGGAAUGCUAUCUCCUAGCAGCAAUGUCUUAUGAUCGGUAUUUAGCGAUAUGUAAACCUCUGCACUAUUCAACUCUUAUGAGUAGCAGGUUUUGCCUCCAGUUGACUGCUGGAGCAUGGUUAAACGGUUGCUUGGCUACUACCAUCUUUAUGUUAUUCAUGUCACCAUUAAUAUUCUAUGGCCCGAAUGAAAUUGACCACUUUUAUUGUGACCCCAUCCCAUUGAUAAAACGCUCUUGCAGUGACACACUCCUGAUCAUAUUGAUGGAUUUAAUACUAAUCUGUGUAUUCACUCUGUCUCCGUUCCUACUAACUCUGACGUCCUAUGUGCGUAUCAUUGCCACCAUACUGAAAAUCCCUUCCACCACUGGGAGGCAGAAGGCCUUUUCUACCUGCUCCUCUCACCUCCUCAUGGUGACAAUUUUCUAUGGCACAGUAAUGAUUGUCUACAUGCUACUGAAAUGUGAUAAAUUUAAAGACCUGAAAAAAGUGUUUUCUCUUUGCUACACAGUCCUAAUUCCUCUGGUAAACCCCCUCAUUUACAGCCUGAGAAACAGAAAGGUCAAGGAAGCCUUGUGCAAAGCAACUGUUUGGGAACGACUUGGAUCUGAUCUUUGGGAGUCAGUUGCCCACGGCAGUAAGGAAGCUGUCUCCCUUAGUCAGAUAUGGUGCAAAACAAAGAAAAUAGUAGAAACGCUCGCUGCUGAGGUGGGAGUUCAGGCCGCCGUGGACGAUAUUUUCCGACCAAAGAAGGCUGAAGAGUCGCCUAUGGUGCUGCCCGAGCCACCUGUCGUAUUACCAGUCGGAGCUAAGGAGUUUUUUGGAGGGGAGGAUGUAAUUGUCCCUACUGCACCUGGUUUUGACCCUGACGUUGAUCCUCACACGGUUCCCCUUCCUCAAGAUUCGGAGGGAUCUUUUGAAAAUAUGGACACCGAUCGCACCCCUUUUACUGAAUCCACGGAAUUUCGGGAAGAAAUGAAACGACAAGGACACCAGCUGCAGGAAAUGCUGGAUAAACUGUCUCGUAUGGCAGGAGAAACUUCCUCUCCUCAAUCUCAUCUUUUAAAGACUUUGCAGGGCUAUGAAAACUAUAAAGCUAAACCACCAGAUAAGCCCUUACAAUCCAGCAAUAAUACGGUUUCGUGUCCCCGUUGUGGGCUUUGGGGGUGCAGUGUAGGAUGCACGGGAACCCAACCACAAACUCCCUCGAGUGAAACCCAACCACAAACUCCCUCGAGUCGUAAACUGCCGGGACGGUCUUUGGCAGGUCAGCAGCAGAAGCCCGGCAAUCCUUUUCUCAGUGGCCCGCCGGCAUAUUCCCCGGAUACUGUAGGGCCUAGAUCCCCGGAUCCGGUACGGCGAUGGCGUGGACUUAUAAAAGAAGCCCACAUAGAGGGGGAGUUCUUACCUAAUGCCUUCCCGGUCAUUACACCGGACCCAAAUAACCCUACUCGGUGA